AUCUCACUAUCCCUUACUUUGAAAGUCGUUUCACCAUACAGGACAAAGUUCGUGAAGUCGUUUGCUUCACUUACAGCUGACGCGUGAGAUCGUGACUUUGUGGUGAAGUUACCGAAUUGUAGAACGUAGACAAUAAACACAAAAUGGAUCAAAGACUUUUUCGAGAUCAGUCGUUGAUUACACGCGUACAAACGUACAUGCGUGAAAAUGAAAACAAAGUCUACAUUGACGUUAACGACAUGGCAGACACGUUACAGAAGCGAUACAAGGACUAUCGUAAUAAGAAACGCGGUGCAUUUCGUGCAAUGGUACGUAAAGCUUAUGACGAACUUACAGAAUUAUUCUCGAGGAAACCGAUUCGCGACUGCUCUACAUACGAUGAAGAUUAUGAGGAUGAAGUAGACAUUGAGUCAGAUUCGCAACAAGAUCCAACAGACAUUAUGUUACUACAAAUGUAUAAGAAAGUACCAUUCAAACAAAAUGGAAAUUCAAAUGAUAAAGAAUUAAUAGAUAUCAGUAGUGAUGAUGAUAUGUCUAAAUCUGAACCCAAGGUUGAAAAGGAUACAGAUGAAGCAGAGCUUCCACAUGAUAAAACUGAAGAAGCUGAACCAAAGAAGCUUGCGUAUAAUAAAACUGUGCACAUAACUCCAUCGGUUACUCUAAAGCUUGAAUUACCUGCUACUAAGCCACAAUCAUCACAGAUACCAGCAGUGUCUGCAAAUGGUACUGUAAAACCAACACCUUCAGAAUCUAUAAAAAAACGACAAAGAGCAAAGGAUGAUAAUCCAUCAGCAGCGAAAAAAUCAAAAACUGUGCCAGUCACAGAAUUAAAAGUUACAUUCUCGAAUAUAGGAACUAGUGAGAAAGUUUUGAAAACUGUGUGCACUUUACUUGCUCACAUGAAACAUCCUGAGAUCUUCAAGCAACUCGGUAUAUCACCACCAAGAGGAUUUUUACUUCAUGGACCACCUGGAUGUGGGAAAACAUUACUAGCACAUGCAGUUGCAGGAGAGUUAAAUAUGCCUCUACUAAAAGUAGCAGCACCUGAACUUAUAGCUGGAGUGUCGGGUGAGAGUGAGGCUCGUAUCAGAGAAUUGUUUGAUCAAGCUUUAGCUCUUGUACCAUGUGUAGUUUUCUUAGAUGAAAUUGAUGCUAUUGCGCCACAUAGAGCUACAGCACAGAGAGAAAUGGAACGAAGAAUCGUUGCACAAUUAUUGUCAUGCUUAGAUGAACUGAAUCUUAAAGAAAAUGGAGAUAGAGUAUUGGUAAUCGGUGCAACAAAUCGACCUGAUUCGCUGGACCCUGCUUUAAGGAGAGCAGGACGCUUUGAUCGCGAAGUGUGCCUUGGAAUACCAGACAGUGAAGCAAGGACUAAAAUUCUAGCAGUGCACACUAAAAAUGUUAUACUGGCCCCUGAUGUCAAUCUAAAGACAAUAGCUUCUCUUACUCCAGGUUUUGUAGGUGCAGACUUGGUUGCUUUAAUUAGAGAAGCUGCCAUGGCUGCUGUAGAUAGAAUUUUCGAAGAUCUUAAAAAAUUAAAGGCAGAAGAAAAAUUACCAGAAGUACCCGAAGUGAAAAAUGAACCUAGCAAAGAAUCUCAAAGUCCCGAAAACUCGGGAAAUCUUGCCGAUACUGGUGGUGAAACAAACAACCCUAUGAAUGUAGAUACAGAUUUGAAGGAAGAAUCAAUUGACAGUCCUUUAAACAUGGAUAAAGACGUAGCAAACCAACAACAGCACAUAUUGUCAGACUUGACGAGCUUACUGACUUGGUUGCGUACUGAACCACCACUUUCUUCAGAACAUUUAUCGACUUUGUGUAUCGAACACAGUGAUUUUGAGGUUGCUCUACGCGUUGUACAACCCUCAGCGAAAAGAGAAGGAUUCGCAACAGUUCCCGACGUAACAUGGGACGACGUUGGUUCUCUGCAUGAUAUACGGCAGGAGUUGCAAAAGGCCAUUCUUGCUCCUGUUAGAUAUCCGGAAUACUUCAGUGCAUUAGGCUUAACUGCUCCUACGGGACUAUUGUUGUGCGGCCCACCUGGCUGUGGGAAGACAUUACUGGCCAAAGCCGUCGCCAACGAAGCAGGGAUUAAUUUCAUUUCCGUUAAAGGACCGGAACUUUUAAAUAUGUAUGUUGGUGAAAGUGAGAAAGCAGUUCGUCAGUGUUUCUUAAGAGCGAGAAACUCAGCACCGUGCGUUAUAUUUUUCGACGAAUUGGAUGCAUUGUGUCCUAAGAGAACAGAAAGCGAUCAUUCGGCCACAUCACGCGUCGUUAAUCAGAUGCUUACAGAGAUGGACGGUGUAGAAGGUCGACAAGGAGUAUUUCUCAUGGCCGCUAGUAAUCGGCCUGAUAUCAUAGAUCCAGCCGUCCUCAGACCAGGAAGGCUAGAUAAAAUUCUAUACGUUGGUCUGCCGACUGCAUCGGAACGAAUUGACAUUUUAUGUGCGCUAACGAAGAAUAAGACUAAACCGAAAUUAGACACAGAUGUCGACUUGAACGAAGUUGGACAUAAAGCUAAGGGUUUCACUGGUGCGGAUUUGGCUGCCCUGAUAAGAGAGGCUGGUAUGGAGGCGUUAAUGCACGCGAUUGAGAUUGACUGUAGGGAUCAACAACCACAAAUCUCUAUGCGACAUAUUGCACUGGCAUUUGAGAAAGUGCAACCGUCUGUCCGUGAGAAGGAUAUUAAACACUACGAAAAACUAAGCAAACUAUAUUCAGUUAAGAAAAGUCCCGAGACUACUCCAAUGGAAAUGCCGACAGACACACCUAUCACUGACGUAGUUAUGGAGCCAAUGGAGAUUUAAAGUACAAUCAUGAUAAACAGUUUGUAGGUUAAAGAAUUCUUCCAUUAUCGAACAUUACGUUGAGUUCUACACAGUGCAAGUGAAAAUUAUUUAAUAGUUUAGUUUUCACAAGUCUAAUGUUUAGCUAGUGAACAUGGUUAAGUUUCUCUUAUAAGAAACUAAUUGACAAUGUUUCAAAAUAUCAAUUAACUUUUUCUACAUUCUAUGGCUGCGUUCGCUUUGGGCGCUUACGCGCUGUGAGCGUCAUUCUAUCUUUAUCGCUCAUUACAUGCGGGAAGAAGAUAGAAUGACGCUUACAGCGCAUAAGCGCUCAAAGCGAACGCAACCUAUAUGUUAUCAAUGAACUUGGACAUGUAUACUCGAAUUUUCAAAGUGUAUGAUAUAUAGAAAGCAUACGCAUGUAAUUUUAAUACAAUAAGAAAUCUUAAUAAAAUUUUCAUUUAUCAACA